AAAUUUUCACUAUGUUCACACCAUACCUAGUUUGUUAUUAAAUGAAUGUAGAUUUUCUUUUUAUGUUAAUAAUUUAACAAAACAGCGCUACAAUAAAACAGUUUGAAAUAGGUUCGUCAAAUAUCGUAACUGACAUACCUACAAGUACAUAGGCAUAGGUGCAGGUAGUACAUAACCCCUUACUAUUCGCGCAUUUCUCUCAAACAUUUCUUUAAAAAUAAAUAAAAUGCCGUUAUUUGAUACAACCAUCCGAGUAGUAUACAAUCAUUUAAAUUUAACUCCAUUUGGUUUGGUCAGCAUUCGAAACUAUGCAGCUCGCAAAGGUACAAGAGCCAAGCGUGCAAAGUCAAAGGUAAAAGUAGAAGUUCAGAAAGUCGGUUUUAUCCCACACAAUCAACGAGACCUGGCGAGUUUCCUAGCUUCAAGACCCAAGCUGAAGUUUGAUGAUUCCUGGAAGCAACUGCCUCUGGAUAAUGUAUAUCCUCAUAAAUAUUACCAGUGGACAGUGUAUCCUUUCAUUGAAGCAAUUCAAUGUCUUAAGGAGACCAAUCAUCCUGACAUGUACAAUCAACCCAAUGCAAAUGUGCAUGUCAACAUUGAUUUAAACAUGGAGGGUGAGAAAAAGAAUAGAAUGCAUGACAAUUUCUACAGAAUUGCACCAAUCCCACAUAAGUUUGAUCAUGGAGAGGAGCGCACUGUUAUGGUUUUUACUAAAGAUGUAGCUAAACAAGAAGCAGCAAGAGCUGCAGGUGCUGGUAUGGCUGGAGGAGUGGAACUGAUCAAGGAUAUUCAGAAUGGGUCCAUUAUGCUGACAGAUUUUCAGCAUUUUGUGGCAGAACCUACCAUUUUGCCUGAGCUGGUGUCUUUAAGGGGACUGAUGAAGAGGAAGUUUCCCAACCCAAAUGCAGGCACUUUGGAUGAUGAUGUAACCAUGGUGGUGGAGAGAAUUGUUAAUGGAGUUAAUUAUUCUGCUCUUAAAGAUGAAUAUGAGAAGGAUUUUGGUCAAGUUAAAACUGUCAUUGGAAAUUUAAAUAUGGAGCCUCAUCAUCUGGAAGCCAAUUUUAUAUCGUUAAUCAAAGACAUUCACAGUGUUAAGCCGAAACGGGAAGGCCCUUUCAUUACAAGGUGUUUACUAUGGAGUCCACCCAGUAAUGAGAAGUUGAAAGUUGAUCACAAACAAUACUUGGACAUUAAAGAAACUAAGAAACUUAAACGUCAGCAGUCUGGUAAUGAAGUUUCAGAUGAAGUUCAAGAAGCAGUGGUUCAAUGAGCCAUCAUUCAUAGUCGUACAGGAAUUACAUGUUUUGUUAUAGAAAAUAUCUAGGUAAUAAACUUGCUUUAAAUACAA